AUGUCGCGAAUCGUCGGCUACCCCCCGGCCGACUACGUAACGCCGCCCUUCCCGGCGCUCUACUGGCCACCGCAGACACAGCAGCUAGAUGGCAGCCUCUACUAUCUGUCUGAUAUCUGGCGCUUCACCUUGCUGUGGACCAUUACCAUCUUUGCGAUUGUCCAUCUGAUAUGCGCCAGCGUUGCUCUGGCCAUGCAAAUCGGGAACAAGCAGACGAAUUGGCUUUACAUGGGAAGCGUUCCCAUAAUAUACUGUAUCGUGGCCGGCGUCGAGGCUUUAUUUGCCGGCAGCAUCGUCGGCUUGGUGUGA